AUGGGGAGGUCGAAGUUUGAGAAGUCAGAAAAACAAAUAUUACUCGUAAGUCCACCAGGAUCUGGCAAGGGGACCCAGUCACCAAUAAUUAAGAAUGAAUAUUGCUUAUGCCAUUUGGUCACAAGCGAUAUGUUAAGGGCUGCUAUUGCUGCCAAGACCCCUCUUAGGCUCAAAGCAAAAGAGGCCAUGGAUAAGGGAGAACUUAUCUUUGAUGACUUGGUGGUUGGAAUAAUUGAUGAAGCCAUGAAGAAACCAUCAUGCCAAAAGGGCUUCAUUUUUGAUGGAUUCCUAAUGACUAUUGUCCAAACACCCAACCACAGGAAUUCCUUUAGCCUUAAGAUGGGUGAAUCGGGGAACACAGUAGGGGGCUGGUCCUCAGAUUCAGCUUUUUUUGGGUACAGUCUGAAUGAGUCGGAUGUCGGGCAUAAGAUAGAAGAGUCCUUUGUACCUAGACAUUUUCCAUUGGAACUGGACUUAGACGACCUAAGUCUAAUUCGAGCCCAGUUCAGGAUUUCGAUCGAGUAUGAGCUAAAACUUUCAAGGCUAAGUGGUCAGAUCUAUGACCCUUUGCCAGAUUGA